CUACAACUUUAUAUAAGAAAUUCAAUGUUGUCGUCUGGUGUGAGUAGCUCAAAUCUUUUAAAAAUAAUACUGAUAAUGUUAUGAAAGUAACAUGUUUACUAAUGUGUUUUUCACUUCUGUGUGCUGACAUGCAGUUGAAACAUUAAAUCAUAAAGUAGGAGAUUCUGUCCUUCUAGAAACCAAACUCCAUGAGCUGAUGAAAGACCAUAGGAUACUGUGGACGUUUGGAAAUAUAAAUACUCGUAUAGCUGAAAUCGACAGAGUCAGUGGUCAGAUGUAUGUAUAUAAGGGGAAUGAUGAGAGAUUCAUAGACAGGCUGAUACUAAAUGAACAGAAUGUAGAUCUGACCAUCAGAAACAUCAGCAGAGGACAUUCAGAUGUUUAUAAACUGCAGAUCAACAACAGCUCAGAGAGUAAAUGCAAGAGUUUCAUGCUGUUCGUAAAUGAGAAUCUGAUAUCAGUAAUGGAGGGAGAAUCUGUCACAUUGAGAUGUCCCACUGACAUAAAGAGUGAUGAAGUGAUAAUAUUGUGGAUGUUUGGAACUGAAGAAAGCCUCAUAGCUAAAGCUGAUAUGAACAAUAAGAUGCUUUAUGAUGGUGCUGAUGAAAGAUUCAAAGACAAACUCGAGCUGGAUCAGACUGGAUCUCUCACCAUCACAGGCAUCAACAGUAAACACACAGGAAUUUAUAAACUACAGAUCAUCAGCAACAGAGAGACCACAUACAAGAGAUACAGAGUUUCUCUCCAUGAUUAUAUUGAGAUGGUGUCAGAGGAGAUUCCUUUACUUCCCAUACGAACCUCACAACAGCAGCAGUAGUAAAAACCAACAGUAGCCGCGCCCACCAGAGCAGAGACAACCAAUCGGAUCACAGCUUCAGUAAAACCACAAUGGCAGAAGUCUUGUGAAAAAAAAUGCACAAUAAAAAUGUUGAGUCUGAUUGCCAAUGGGAUUGUUCACCACACAGCUAUAAGUGUUGUUA